AUGAAUGCUGCUUCUGCUGUAGUUGUUGGAGAAGUUGUUGUUGUUAAGGAUGUUGUUGUAGUAGCUGAAGCAGUUGCACUUGAUGUUGAAGCUGCUGAAGCAGUUGUUGUCCCUGUUGUUGAAGUUUUGCAGAUACAUUAUGGUGUUGCUGGAGCAGCUGAAGAUGUUGUUCGUGUUUCUGAAUUUGAUUACUAA